AUGCGCUACUCCAUCGUCUUCACUACCCUCGCCGCUGGUGCUUCGGCCCACGGUGUCAUUCGCAACGUUGUCGGUGCCAACGGUGUUUCCAUGCCUGGUCUUGGUGUUGCCGACGGCACUCCUCGCAACUGUGCUGCCAACGCUUGUGGUGCCCAGGCUGAUACUUGCAUCAUCCGUGAUGCUGACAUUUCCGCGGGCAAGAGCCCUCUUGGUUGGACUCAGGGUAACGGCGAGGUCAACCCCGAGGGCCUUGUUGCCACCUUCAUGGGCAAGGGCGGCGACGUUCCCACCAACUCGGGAACCUCUGGCGCCACUGGUGUUGAGGACAACAUUCCUGCCAACAUCCUCAGCCAGCAGCGCAAGCAGCGCCGUGACGAACAUCUCAACGAGAUGCGCGGCAUCUUCAGCGGUCUGUUCAACCUGCCUGUCGUUGGUGUCCUCGGCCUUGGCGGUAAGCCCAACGAUUACCCCGUCGAGACCAUUGUCGGCGACAUGGCCGGCCAGGGUGCCGAGAAGGGCAUGCCUACCAGCAGUGACGAUGGCAAGGUCAGCCUGAUCUACCGUCAGAUCAACCAGGAUGGCGCUGGUCCUCUCACUGCCGCCAUCGAUCCUUCCUCUGGCGGCAAGGACGGCAAGGCUUUCCAGAGCGCCAGCAUGCCUCUGAACAUGCCCGGAGUUGGUAUCUCUGGUCUGUCGAUUGCCACCAACACCGACUACCCCAUCACCGUCCAGAUGCCCGAGGGCAUGACCUGCGAGGGCGAGAUUGCUGGCGUCAAGAACGUCUGCGUUGUUCGCGUACGCAACCAGGCUUUCGCUGGUCCCUUUGGUGGCGCUGCCGCUUUCACUCAGAGCGACAAGGCUCGCAAGCGUGCCGUCGCCUACCGCCUGAAGAAGCGCUUCGAGAUCAACCGUGAGGCUGAGGAGUAA